AUGAGGGAGUCUAGUCCGCCUGUGUGUGUGGAUUUUAACUACCACAUGGUGGAGCACAGCCUCGUCUAACUUUGUGCUGGCUUUAAAAACUGAACUGGGAAACAAAGUUCUACAUUUGGAAAACAUAUUAAUCAAAGCAAAAAGUGACUCAGAAGCCCACAUUUUUCGUCUCUCCUAAAAAUGCCAACCACACGCUUGUGCCGCAAAAACAGAUUGCGAUGAUUGUGCCCAACGUGAGCAUCAGCGGCUGCACAAGGGCCAAUAGCGCGCUGUGUGCGGGUGCUGGAGACAGAAAUCUGGAAGCGUCAUACCGCACCACCCUAAGCCCGACCGGGAACCUGAUAGUCGCUGUGUGUUUGGGCUUUAUUGGUACCUUCGGAUUCCUCAACAACCUUCUGGUUCUCGUCAUCUUCUGCCGCUACAAGGUGCUGCGCUCGCCUAUCAACCUGCUACUGAUCAACAUUUCCUUCAGUGAUCUGCUGGUGUGUGUGGUGGGCACUCCGUUCAGUUUCGCGGCAAGUACACAGGGAAGAUGGCUCAUAGGAAAAAGUGGAUGUGUAUGGUACGGCUUUGCCAAUUCACUAUUUGGCAUCGUGUCCCUCAUCACCCUGGCUGUGCUCUCCUACGAGCGCUACAGCACCAUGAUGGGCCCAACCGAGGCUGACUCCACCAACUACCGGAAGGUAGCCUUGGGCAUCGCUUUCUCCUGGGUCUACUCCUUGAUGUGGACCCUGCCGCCGCUCUUCGGCUGGAGCCGCUACGGCCCCGAGGGGCCCGGUACCACCUGUUCCGUGGACUGGAAGGCCAAGAGCGCCAACAAUGUCUCGUACAUCCUCUGCCUCUUUGUUUUCUGCCUCAUCAUCCCCUUCCUGGUCAUAGUCUACUGCUAUGGUAAGCUGUUGUAUGCAAUCAAACAGGUUAGCGGCAUCAACAGAGCUAUGAGCAGGAAGAGGGAGCACCGUGUUCUUGUCAUGGUGGUCGCCAUGGUGUUGGUGUACCUGAUGUGCUGGAUGCCCUACGGGGUCUUGGCCUUGCUGGCCACCUUCGGACGCCCCGGCCUGGUCACCCCUGAGGUCAGCAUUGUGCCCUCGGUCUUGGCCAAGGCCAGCACGUUCAUCAACCCCGUUAUCUAUAUCUUCAUGAACAAGCAGUUCUACAGGUGUUUCCGAGCCCUGCUGAGGUGCCAAGAGCAGCAGAGGGGUUCCAGCGUCAGGAGCUCCUCCAAGGCGCCGACCAAAGCUGUCCGUGGUGGCGCCCACAAAACCAACGGCAACAACUUCACCUUCGAGGUGGCCUCCAUCGGGCAGCCCACCAGCGUCGUCCCCCAGCUGGGGAACGCAACUGUGGACGCAGCCGUCCCCUCUUCCUCUGACAUGGUCAAGCCCACCAUGGUAUCGCUUGUGGCCCACUACAACGGCGAUGGUCUGGGGCCGUCAGGGGUUACGACCCCUAGGAACCAGUUACAGGGAGGGGAGGUGGAUCCAAAGGGGCCGUCAAAGUGGAUUUAGUGCUGUUACGAAGCUUGCCUUUCGCCAGUGUGAUGGACAGGAGGCAUAGAGGGAAAUCUUUGAACGCCUCCGGACUCAAAGUGGAGCCACAGGAGCUGCUAGUCCGUCUUGAGGAAGGACAUCAAUCUGUCUGGCUCUGCACAAUGUUAUACAUUCUUUCGCAAUUUGCUAUCUCAAAUACGCCUAUGGACCAAGAGUCGGGAGAAAAGUGUGCAAAGAAACCCUGUUAUUUUGUACAAUUUCUAAUGUUUUGUAGAAUUUAUUAGUUCUAUGAAAAGUCAUGAUGUGAUUUCACGCUCUGUCAGCGUACCUUUACAGUACAAAGAGAAAGAGAGAUGAAGAGUGCAUUUUUGUAUUGAUCUGAGAUUGGAGUCGCAGAUUGAGGAAACUCAAUUAUUGUAUUUCAAGUAUUUUCAGGAGACAGUUUUCACAAGUGUGAAGAUGACAAAAUGGUAAUGACAAAAAAAACCCACUAAAGGUAAUGAUGGGAUUGUACUGUUAAUGAAUUUUGAGCAUUGAUCUACUGCUGAACUCAGCAGUUCCAUCACUCAAAUGUAUUCAACUAUAGCUAGUCUCAUAUAUAACUUGUGUCAUAAGCAUAGGUAGCAUGUGUCUGGCAUGUAUAUUUAUUUUGAAAAACAUUUUAUGUACACUACCAUUCAAUUGUUUGGGGUCACUUAGACAUUUCCUUGUUUUUGAAUGAAAAG